AUGACAUCAAUCUCAGCCAAGAAACCAGUUCGUCUGAUCCUUUUUGACGUGUUCGAUACACUAUGUACCCCGAAGCAACCUAUACAUGAGCAAUAUCAUGACGAAGCCAUAAAAGGUGGACUUUCACCCAAUGACAUAAGCCCUUCAAGUGUAAGAGCAGCAUUCAAACCAGCGUUUAAGGCUGUCGAUUCGAAGUGGCCAUUGUACGGUAAACAUACAGAACCAGCUUUGACGCCUGAAGAAUGGUGGACAAAGAUCAUACACCAAACAUUGUUAGAAGCGGGGGCACCUAAAGAUGAUUUGGAUCAGAAAAUAUCCGUCAUCGGACCAGCAUUGAUGAAUCGCUUCGAGAGUGACAAGGGGUAUAGAAAUUUCCCAGAGACUCUCGAAACUCUUAGUCAGCUCCGCGAGCUAGGUAUCAAAACCUCCAUAAUAUCGAAUGCAGAUCCUCGUAUACUGAAAACUCUUGAUUCCCUCAAGAUCUUAUCCCAACUCACAUAUCCACCUACGCUCUCAUGGGAUGUGGAAUAUGCCAAACCAUCAAAGGAGAUUUACCUUUCAGCUUGUGAGGUCUGUGAUGAAGAACCAGGCGAAGGCGUGAUCAUGGUUGGUGAUGAGCUUAAAGCCGAUUACCACGGAUCAACAUCGGCAGGGUUAGAAGGUAGAUUGAUACGGAGACAGGGCGAAUGGUCCGAUGGAGCUGUACGGACCUCGUCCGAGAGUCUUGAGGGCGUAAGAAUCAUCACGUCACUGAGGGAUAUAGUAACUGAAGCGAGAGAGCGAAAUGUCUAG